UAAUAAAUUGGAGAAAGCGCGAAAAUGGCGGGUAACAAAGUGAUCGGGUCAAAGGUUCUUUAACUAUAAAUCACUCCCUUUUCUCUCUUUCUCUCUCUCCUCUCCUCUUCUCCUUCUCCAAUUCUCUUUAGAGCUCUUUCUCUCUCUACACGUUAUUUUUAAUCCAACAAUGGAGACCUUCCUUUUCACUUCUGAGUCUGUCAAUGAGGGGCACCCGGACAAGCUCUGUGACCAAGUCUCAGAUGCCAUUCUUGAUGCCUGCCUAGAACAAGACCCAGAGAGUAAGGUUGCUUGUGAGACCUGUACAAAGACUAACAUGGUCAUGGUCUUCGGUGAGAUCACUACCAAGGCUAAAGUAGACUACGAGAAAAUAGUUAGGGACACUUGCAGAGGCAUUGGGUUCACAUCACCUGAUGUUGGUCUUGAUGCUGACAACUGCAAGGUCCUUGUCAAUAUUGAACAGCAGAGUCCUGAUAUUGCUCAAGGAGUUCAUGGUCAUCUUUCCAAGAAACCUGAGGAAAUUGGAGCUGGUGAUCAAGGCCACAUGUUUGGCUAUGCUACUGAUGAAACCCCUGAGCUCAUGCCACUAACUCAUGUGCUUGCCACUAAGCUUGGUGCCAAGCUUACAGAGGUCAGAAAGAACAAGACAUGUCCAUGGUUGAGGCCUGAUGGUAAGACCCAAGUUACAGUUGAGUAUAAGAAUGAUGGUGGAGCCAUGGUGCCUGUUAGGGUUCACACCGUUCUUAUUUCAACUCAACAUGAUGAGACUGUCACCAAUGAGCAGAUUGCAGCAGACUUGAAAGAGCAUGUGAUCAAACCUGUUAUCCCAGCUCAAUAUCUUGAUGACAAGACUAUCUUCCACCUCAACCCUUCAGGCCGGUUUGUCAUUGGAGGACCCCAUGGAGAUGCAGGACUUACUGGUCGAAAGAUUAUUAUUGACACCUAUGGUGGAUGGGGAGCUCACGGUGGAGGUGCCUUCUCAGGGAAAGAUCCCACUAAGGUGGACAGGAGUGGUGCAUAUAUUGUUAGACAGGCCGCAAAGAGUGUGGUAGCCUCAGGACUUGCUCGGCGCUGCAUUGUGCAGGUUUCUUACGCAAUUGGCGUGCCAGAACCAUUAUCAGUCUUUGUGGACACUUAUAAGACUGGGAAAAUCCCAGACAGAGAUAUCUUGGCAUUGAUUAAGGAGAGUUUCGACUUCAGGCCUGGAAUGAUGGCUAUUAAUCUCGACUUGAAGAGAGGAGGCAACUUCAGGUUCCAGAAGACUGCUGCAUAUGGUCAUUUUGGCCGUGAUGACCCAGAUUUCACCUGGGAAACUGUCAAGAUACUCAAACCUAAGGCCUGAGUCUUCCGGGUUUGACUCUAUCUUUAUAUAUAUUAUCUGGAGGUGGUCAUUUAUCGUAGCCAAACAUUCUGCUUGAUGGGGAAAGAAUAAAGACACUUCAGCACAUGCAUCUGAUAUUUAGAGUGACCAUCAUUUCAUGGUCCAAGAGAGAAAAGUGUGUGUGCUUUAAGUUGAGUUUAGUCAUUCUGGGUUAGGAAUUAGUAACUGCAUUAUUAUUCAAUUUUUCUUUCUUAGAUUAUUAUUAUCAUUAUUUUUUUUUUCCAUCUUCAAAAUUUAACCACUCUCUUUGGUUAAUGAGAAUCCUGUCAUGUCAUUUGCUUGGUUUGGAUCAAAUCUUGAAACUUGAUUAUUAUACUGAA